AAUAAAAGCAACGUGAUGAAAAUCUCACGUUUCAAAAAGUCGCACAAAACUCUUGUGUUUUUUGCCACAAACUUUGAUUAUCGCGAGCCAUACCAGGUGCUGAUUGACGCCACCUUCUGCCAGGCCGCCCUACAGCACAAAAUUGGCAUUGAGGAGCAGAUUAAGAAAUACUUUCAAUGCAAUGUUAAACUCCUGACUACCCAAUGCGUCAUUCUGGAGGCGGAGGCGCUUGGAGCUGCGCUGACGGGCGCCAUAACAAUUGUGAAACAGUUCCAUGUGCACAAAUGCGGCCAUGAAGGCAAACCCGUAUCGGCAGCGGAGUGUCUCAAAUCAAUGACAAAAGACAAUCGUUAUAUAGUCGCCUCCCAAGAUCGUCUGCUGCAGGCAAGUCUGCGCAAGGUGCCCGGCCGCUGUCUGCUCUACCUACACAAGGCGACGCCCGUUCUGGAAGCGCCCUCGGACGCAUCUAAGAAAUGGGUGCAGAAGCGUGCCAAGAAUCUGAUGCUUGGGAAACAGGCGGACAAAAUCGAGUACAUGAAGGAGAAGCAAGGCCUAAAGCCGACAGAGCCAACAACAGUUAAUCAAAAGAAAUCCAAGGGCUGCAAGAAUCCAAAUCCUCUGUCCUGCAAAAAGAGCAAAAAGCAGAAGCCCAUCUUGCAUAGCGUGGAGCAGUCAACACUGAGCAAAGCCAAAAGAAAACGUGUCAAGAUUGCGGCGCAUGUUAAAGCCGCACUAGGCGCAAAUCAAUAGAUUAAUUAUAGUUAAACUUCAAGUCUUUA